AUGGUUUCACUUUCACCUAUACCAGUAGAUUUCCAAGAAAAUGAUGAGGAAUUUGAAGACAUAUGUGUGAUGAAUAGGAUCAUAGACUCAGUGACUGAAGAAGUCUCGAAGGCAUCUCAAUGUUGGAUAGAUGAUUCUGGAGAAAUCAGAAUUGGACACAAGCCCAAUUUUCAUGUGAAAUCUCCACUGAUUACUGAUGAAGUGGAAAUCUGUCUUAUGGAGGCCUCACGUAUUCUUCCAACUGAUAAAAAGAUCCAUGAUGAUUAG